AUGUUCAAGACAAACUGUACAAUACUUUCAAAUUUCAUUUUUCUGGGAUUUGCCCACUACCCCAAAGUUGAGAUCAUCAUAUUUAUGUUGUGCCUGCUGAUGUACUUGAUCACUUUGCUGGGCAAUAUUAUUCUGAUCUCCAUCAGCAUUCUGGAUACCCACCUACACACCCCCAUGUACUUCUUCCUCAGCAACCUCUCCUUUUUGGACAUCUGGUAUACCUCUUCUGCUCUCACUCCAAUGCUGGUCAACUUUGUUUCAGGAAGAAACACCAUCUCAUUCUCUGGGUGUGCCGUUCAGAUGUAUUUCUCUCUUGCCAUGGGGUCCACUGAGUGUGUGCUCCUAUCCAUGAUGGCAUAUGACCGGUAUGUAGCUAUCUGCAACCCCCUUAGGUAUCCCAUCAUCAUGAACAGGAGAGUUUGUGCACACAUUUCAGCUGGCUCCUGGGUGACGGGCUGCCUCACUGCCCUUGUGGAAACAAUAUCUGUGCUACAGUUGUCUCUCUGUGGUAAUAACAUCAUUAAUCAUUUCACCUGUGAAAUUCUGGCUGUCUUGAAACUGGUUUGUGUAGAUACCUCCAUGGUAGAAUUCCUGAUGCUGGUGAUCAGCAUACUUCUCCUUCCUAUGCCAAUGCUCCUUAUUUGUAUCUCUUAUGGCUUCAUCCUCUCCAAUAUUCUGAGAAUCAGCUCAGUGGAUGGCAGAAGCAAAGCCUUUUCAACAUGUGCAGCCCACCUGACUGUGGUAGUUUUAUUUUAUGGGACAGCUCUUUCUAUGUACCUGAAGCCUUCUGCUGUAGAUUCACAGGAAAUAGAUAAAUUUAUGGCUUUACUCUAUGUGGUUUUGACCCCCAUGUUGAAUCCAAUCAUCUAUAGUCUAAGGAAUAAAGAGGUAAAAAUGGCUGUGAAAAGAUUGAUGAUUAGAAACUCUUUUUGUGCUCUCUUAUUUCCAGUAGCAAAUAAUCUUGAUCAACAUUAA